AUCGGCGCGAAGGUUAGACAAUCUGUUAAUACAUACGAGAGGUCAGUGCACGUCACGCAGUUAUUAUUCGGAGUUGAGAAUUUCGUGCGAAUUUAUCAAUCCCGUAGUGUAACAGGAAAGAUUUCCUGAGACUCUCUCGCGGCAAGACAUUGCGAGAAAAUACGCGGAGGUCUCAGGUUUAGCGGAUUCGAAGUUAAGGACUUCUCCUCGGAAGAAGUGUUUUCGCGUACUCGAAGUGGUAUAACGCUGUUGUAUGUAAUCGUGGUAUCGCAUUUGAAAACUUUAUUUUAUUAAGACACAGGCGUCUAUUUGGCGUCUGUGAAGGGCAGACAGAGUGUGUGACAGGUUAUGUCAACUGGAUUGGCAGGUGCUGUUUCAAAUCAGCGGAUGAAAGGACAAACCAAUAAUCAAGUGAGCAAUGGUCCUAAAGAACACCAGCAGCAACCACAGACAGAACAUGCUGGCGGAGAAGAUACUGGAUUUGAUUCAUGGAGAGGAGGCAACAAUACGCAUCAUUCAAGUUAUCCAAUUGGUACUGGAGACCCGUAUAGUCCUUACUAUGCAGGUACUUCAUUCCCUUAUCAAACAUUCGGUGCCGGGGAUGGUACAUGGUCGAAUGGAACAGAUCCCGUUGCAUUUCUAUCUGGAUACGGAGGUCAAAUAGGUCACGAUGCAUACGGCAUGGAUGGAAUGUUCUCCGCUAGCGCGGGAGGUGGUUUUAGUACAUUUGGUCAACCUGCUUUCAACUAUUUUCACGGAAACGGUGAUUUUAGUGCUUGGGGCACUCCGAGAAAGACGCGUUACGAAGAUUAUUACCAGGCACCACGUGGAAAUGAGAAUUAUCCAACGCCUAGUAAUACCGAAAUUAAGACUAUCGAACAGAGCGUGCAAGGCUUAUCUCUCGGAAGCGGAGAAGUCCCACGACAGGAUCAACAAACUACAUCUAAUCAAUCUAUAAAACCAGAGGCAAAGGAACCUAGAAAAAUAACAUGGGCCAGUGUUGCGAGUCAACCCGCCAAACCUGUUCCUCCUCUUUCAUCUUCCCAGGGAAUGAAAAAGAAGGCUGGAAUGCCACCACCCCCCAUUGUGCCAGGAAAGCAUAAUAUGGAUAUUGGAACAUGGGGCGAAGGUAAAUCUUCUGUGCCUCCUCCGACAGCACCACCGCCGCCACAAGUGCAACCUCCUGUUCCGCCACCUCCGCCGUUGGUUCAAAGACAAAGACCUCCUCCUCCUCCUCCGUGUUGGAACAGACAGCCUACAACACCUCCGUCGCCUCCGCAGUCGCAAAUUCACAUGCCACCGCAACAGCAGCACCAACACCAGCCACAACAACAACAACACCAGCAGCAACAGCAACAUCAACAACAUCAACAUCAACACCCACAUCCGCAUCAGCACCCACAUCAACACCAACAUCAGCAUUCACACCCACAUCAGCAUCAACAUCAACAUCCACACCCCCAUCAACAUCAACAUCAGCAUCCCCAGCAACAGCAGCAACAACAGCAACAGCAGCAGCAGCAACAGCAACAACAGUUGCAACAACAACAGCAGAUCACGCAAACACAACAAUCGCAUCCCGUAUUGGACGAACUAAAAGUGAAGAAUGAUUAUAACCCUGUAGAUUUCGAUCAAACCGCUCCAGGAGCUAGGUUUUUUGUAAUCAAAUCUUAUUCGGAAGAUGAUAUUCAUAGGUCCAUCAAAUACGAAAUUUGGUGUAGUACCGAGCAUGGUAAUAAAAGAUUGGAUCAAGCGUACAGAGAAGCCAGUCGCGAAGGUGCACCGUUAUACUUGUUUUUUUCCGUGAACGGAUCUGGUCAUUUUUGCGGUAUGGCGCAGAUGGUGUCAUCCGUCGAUUAUCAAAGUAAUAGCUCCGUUUGGUCCCAAGAUAAAUGGAAAGGUCAAUUUCGUGUACGUUGGAUUUAUGUAAAGGAUGUUCCUAAUGUACAACUUCGUCACAUUAAACUAGAAAACAAUGAGAAUAAACCAGUAACUAAUUCGAGGGAUGCACAGGAAGUCCCCCACGCAAAAGGAGUGACAGUGUUGCGUAUAUUGCAUACUUAUCGGCAUUCUACUAGUAUCUUCGACGACUUUGGACAUUACGAACGUAAGCAAGCGGAGGAAGAUCAGCGUAAAGCACCAGUAAAUGUUAUACAGCAUCAUCAUUCUUCCAAUCACAGAAAUAGAGGACACGCGGAUUUACCAAGAGGGGAACAUCAUCUUCAACCACAUUUGCAUCAUCAACGCAAAGAUCGAGAUGGUGGUCGCGGCAAAGGCAGAGGAGGUUCGCGUCAGUAGCGAUGGAUACAACAAAAAUUUAAUACUAUUCAUGAUAGUAAUCAACGUAAAGGAAGCACGCUACGACUAAUUAUCGUCUUACUACUUACCUUUGCUUUCUUGGAUACACAAAGGGCUUCUAAUUCCUGUGACAGAACUCUCAUCAUUGAGACUAUCUCCUUCUGUUAAAUAAUCAACUUGUAUGAUAAUUAGCGUCGCGUCGACAUCAUAAAUAUUAUCUACUCAUAACCACUAUGAAGAGGAACGUAAUUCAAUUUCACGGGAUAUUGAGUAAACUUGCUGACAGUUAAGCAUAUAGUGUGGUGUUGCGUGCUAUUCGUCGAAAAGGUGUUUCUUAAAACGUACAAAUUAAAAAUGAAAGAAAAAAAACGAGAUAUGGAAGAAGAAAAAACUGUAAUAUGUGGACUAACCCUUGUAAAAUGCUUAAACUUUUGUUGAUAAUGAAAAAAUCUAUGCGAGAACAAUAUUGUAAGCAAGUGUCAUUUAAAUCAAUUACCAUUUUAAACUUUGAUGGACAUAUAACCUGGUGCCUGUGGCUGAAAGGACUCACCUUUCUUUGUUAAAAAGGUGCAAGGGCUUAUUACGACAUUUUAAGUUUAUUUGUAACAAUUAUGCUUGAUGAUUAGAUAAUAAUAGAAAUUAUUGUCAACCGAUUA